GACGAAUCGCCUGUCCCUAAAGGUCAGCGACAACUACAGUCCAGGUACGGAGGAGCAGUGAGACAAGUGCCAAAUCCAAUCGACUCCCUCCGAUUUUCGCUGACAGUUUUUCCGGCUUCCGAGGGCGAGGAUCCCAAAAAGUGCGUCGGGAAGAAAUUCACGGAAUGUUAGCGCUCGUACUUUCUGCCGUCGUCGCCUCCAUCUUACACACAGCGCAGUUUCAUUCUUGCUCAGUGUUCCCUUGCUUCAAGAUAUUCACUGCGAUUGCCUGGUCUGAGCUGUGCUCGACCUCCUCAAAAGCCCCCAUACCUGAGACCAUCGUCCUCUAAGGACAACCCUCUCAGAAACGCUCCUCCCAACCAACCAACCGAAUUUCCUCGUCUCUAUACCGCCCAUCAUGUCUUUCUCCUCCCUAGUCCACGACAUCGCGUUCCGCGACUCUUCUCAGUCCAAUGUCCGAGCGAGCGCCAGCACGGCGACAAGCAAUGACAACCAAUCGACCAUUUCUCGACCCUCCAUGGCCCGCUCGUACACCUCGACCGCCGCCACGAGUGUGAGCAUUGCCGGUGACAUCUCCAGCCAACUUCACGCAGGUUACAGUCACCCACUGUCAAGAGCAUGGCAAGCAGAGCGACAGCUGACAAAGUCUAUGCUCAUCUACCCUCUCUUCAUCACCGACAACCCGAACGAGGUUACUCCGAUCCCUUCCCUCCCCAACCAAAACCGCCUCGGCCUGAAUAAGCUCGUCCCCUUCCUUGAGCCUCUUGUGGCCAAAGGUCUCCGAAGUGUCAUCCUCUUCGGUGUCCCUCUCGCACCCACUGCCAAAGAUGCCCUGGGCACAGCUGCCGACGACCCGGAGGGUCCUGUGAUCCAAGCCAUACAACUCAUCCGUCGACAGUUCCCAUCCCUCUUCAUAGUCGCAGAUGUGUGUCUGUGUGAAUACACGAGCCACGGUCACUGUGGAAUUCUCCGCGACGACGGUUCUCUAAAUAACGCCAUGUCUGUUGAACGCAUCUCCGACGUGGCCAUGGCCUAUGCCCAAGCCGGCGCACACUGUGUCGCCCCAUCCGAUAUGAACGACGGACGCAUCCGUGCGAUCAAGCUCAAACUCAUUGAGGCAGGUCUUUCUCAUCAAGUCAACCUUAUGAGCUAUGCUGCCAAAUUCUCGGGUUGCUUGUACGGCCCCUUCCGCGAUGCGGCAGGUAGCUGCCCCAGUUUUGGUGACCGGAAAUGCUACCAGCUUCCACCUGGAGGACGAGGUCUUGCACGACGUGCGAUUGUACGAGACAUCAACGAAGGUGCUGACAUCAUCAUGGUCAAGCCCGCAAGCAGCUUCCUCGACAUCAUCAGUGAUGCCAAGGAGCUUGCCAAAGAUAUGCCUAUUGCUGCGUACCAAGUUAGUGGAGAGUAUGCCAUGAUCCAUGCGGGUGCAAAGGCUGGCGUGUUUGAUCUCAAGACCAUGGCGUUUGAGAGUACCGAGGGCAUACUACGAGCGGGUGCCGGCAUUGUAGUCAGCUAUUUCACUCCGGAAUUUUUGGACUGGUUGAGCUCAUGAGUUUUGUUUGGCAACAGUAUGCUGCGAAAAUGAGCGUGGGUUUUUUUCUGUCAAGUAUGAUGAACUGGAUUAUGAAAAGCAAGAGCAAGAGCAAGGGGGUUUCCUUUUUGUUUCUGUUUCGCCGUGACGGGAACAGCAUGAGCAUGUUCCUUCCGUGCAGAUAAAGGAGAAACGAAACGAUGUACAUGGGUGGGAAUGACGUCUCGGAAGAAAAAGAAAAAAGAAACACAAUUCCAUAGUGUUCCAAGUCAUCUCAAGAUGCGGGAUUUGCAAUGAAGAUAACGCAACGUUACACACGAUGUCAGCAUGGAGUUUCAUGGAGUAUGCUAUUGAGUAGAACUGACUCUACAGAGGCAAAAGAUGUUUAGAGUAGGUGACACGACAAUUGUUUGCUGCUAUGCUCUUUGCCGAUCACCACAGUAGAAGGUAUUGUAGUCCGCCUUGCCG